AUGGCGGAUGUUAUGUGGAAAAAAGGUUCCAAGUCCUCUGAGGAGGAAAGGAGGAAGAAGGGACAGCUAAAUUUGUGCAUUUCUGGCCGAAUUGGAAGUGGGUGUGGAGGCAGAGCUUCCGUUUCCGCACGUUGGCUGAUGACAGCAGAUGGUCCAAGAUAUAACCCCGAAUGGAGACCCACCCAAUGGAAAUGCUCUCAAUGGAAAUCCUCCGCAUGUUGCCCAAGAAACCUCUCCGAAGUAAUUUUACGCAGCUUAGAGGAGUACAUUGACUCAAAUGACAUGAAGCUGCUGGAGAGGAAGAGGCACUUGAGGGCCCCCCCCAUAAGCAGCACGCCGAAGAAGGAAGAGGAGAUGAUAUCGCCGAGGAAGGAGAAUGAAAAGAGUAUCAACGGAGAGGGUAGAGAUAUAGGAAGCAUUGAGAGCAGCGACGCAGAGACAGAGGAGGAGGAUGAAGACAACAUAGAGAGCGAACUGCAAUAUGAGAACAAACAGGGAGAAGAGCUAACGGAACAGCAAUUUCACAGAAUGGUCGGAAAGUUACGUGGCUACAUCGACCUAGAGGACAUGUAUGCCCUUUGGAACUAUGUGCAUACGAAUGGAAAAAAAAAAUACUUGAGUUUGAAAGAGGAGCUCUUGAAGGACUGCAAAAAUAUGUCCGCAAGAUACAACAUCCCAGAGGAGUUUACAGUAAAGGUGUGGAGAGAAGCUUACCUCCACUUUAAGGAUGAGUUCCUCAAAAAGGAAAGAGAAGAUUACAUGGACUUAAAAGUUUUUAUUGAUGCGGGAUGUAACGUUCGCUGGGAAUAUAUUGCUUUUAUUAUUGACAAAUAUGAAUCCUGGGAUGUUCUUAUGGACACGGCGAUACACGACUGGAAGAAGUCACUCUCCAGGAGCUUCGAAAAAUAUGUGGAGGAUGCGCAAGAGAAGGAAAUUGAGAAAAACCCCAAGACUGGCGCCAAGGUUUCCUGCAUUAACAAGUACAAUGAGGAGAACAAAAUAAUGCUCAGCGGGAUCUUUCUAUGA